GCAUCAGAGAGAGGAAUUGCUUAUGUAACUGGGACAGCAGAUUUAGCAGAAGGAGAAGAGGCAGAGGCUGGGGAUGGGAACCGUGAGCUGUCGGCAGGGGCAACACACCCGGGUAUCUGCUCCUCAGAAGCAGGGUGGCAACAUCCAGGGUCCCUGGGCCCGAGGCUGGAAGAGCCUCUUCUGUGGUAUGGGGGCCAUCAGGUCAGGAGUGGAAGAACUAAGGGGACUACAGAGGCAUCAGUGCCUGCAUCAGGAGCUCCUCCAGCCAGUCCCACUGCAACUAGAGAAGCCUCUGUCUGAGUGGCCAGUGCCUCAGUUCAUCAGCCUCUUCCUACCAGAGUUUCCCAUGAGGCCGGUUAGGGGGCAGCAGACGCUGCAGAUUUUAGGCCUUGUGGCUAAAGGGUCUUUUGGAACUGUCCUGAAAGUUCUAGAUUGUACCCAAAAAGCUGUAUUUGCAGUGAAGGUGGUGCCCAAAGUAAAAGUCCUACAGCGGGAUACCCUGAGGCAGUGCAAAGAGGAGGUUAGCAUCCAGCGACAGAUCAACCAUCCUUUUGUACACAGCUUGGGGGACAGCUGGCAGGGGAAGCGACACCUCUUCAUUAUGUGUAGCUACUGCAGCAUGGAUCUCUACUCCCUGUGGUCUGCUGUUGGUGGUUUUCCAGAGGCUUCUAUCCGUCUCUUUGCUGCUGAACUGGUCCUUGUGCUGUGCUAUCUCCAUGACUUGGGUAUCAUCCAUCGGGAUGUAAAGAUGGAGAAUAUCCUUCUGGAUGAGCGAGGCCACCUGAAACUGACAGACUUUGGUCUGUCUCGUCGCCUAUCCCAGGGAGCACGAGCCUACACCAUCUGUGGCACUCUUCAGUACAUGGCCCCAGAGGUCCUAAGUGGUGGGCCUUACAACCACACUGCUGACUGGUGGUCCCUUGGAGUGUUGCUUUUCUGUCUGGCAACUGGUAAGUUCCCAGUGGCUGCAGAGAGAGAUCAUGUGGCCAUGUUGGCAAGUGUGACCCACUGUAAAUCUGAGAUGCCAGCUUCUGCCACUCAGGAGUUCUCACUCCUGCUCCAUGAGCUCUUAUGCCAGAAUCCUCUGCACCGUCUACGUCAUCUGCAUCACUUCCAGGGCCACCCUUUCUUUCGGGGUGUAGCCUUUGACCCUGAGCUCCUAAAGAAGCAGCCAGUGGACCUUGUCAUGGAGACACAAAAUACCAGUCCAUUGGAGACCAUGCCCUUCAAGGACUUUGACUGUGAUCUGGAGUCCUUGGUCCACACCAUCUCCGCUGAUUCUCUACUGUAGCUUGGGGGCCAGCUGGAAACCUGAGGAUUUUUACUACCAACUCAGUAUGACCACCUUGAGGAUCCAGUUUUUUCUUUGUUGUCCCUUACUAUUCUAUUGUAGGUAUUGGGCCAGAGUUUAGAUCUUUGGCAUUCUGCAGCUGAUAGCCAAAACUGUCCCUAAUGCUUUCCUAUCAUACAGCCCACCUCUCAAUCGCAGGCCAAGGCGGUGACCUUUAUUUCACUUCUCCAGUACUUUCCUUAAGCUGCCAAACAAAAGCUUCUUAAACUUUACCAUCUCCAUGUUUUUCUGCGAUACUUCCUUUCUUGGGCAAUAAUGACACUUUGUGAGAUCCCGAGGUGCUAUUUAUGUUUAACAAACUAGUCAGAAGCAACGUGAAUGUUUUUUACAGAUUGCAAAAAUUGGCAUUUCAACACCUGAAUAAAUUUGCAGUUAAAAAUAUGACCUGCCAAGCCGGGCGGUGGUGGCGCACGCCUUUAAUCCCAGCACUCGGGAGGCAGAGGCAGGCGGAUCUCUGUGAGUUCGAGACCAGCCUGGUCUACAAGACCUAGUUCCAGGACAGGCUCCAAAACCACAGAGAAACCCUGUCUCGAAAAAAAAACCAAAAAAAAAAAAAAAUAUGACCUGCCAGGAGGUGGUGGUGCACACCUUUAAUCCUAGCAUUUGGGAGGCAGAGGCAGGAAGAUCUCUGUGAGUUCGAGGCCAGCCUGGUAUACAGAGCAAGUUCCAUGAUAGCCAUGGCUGUUACACAGAGGACCCCCCCCCAAUGAACGAUAUAGGAGUUGGAGAGAUGGCUCAGUGUUGAGAAUGAUCAUUGCUCUUGCAGAGGACUCAGUUGAGUUUUUAGCACUCAAGUGGGGACCUCAUAAGUUCCUAUAAAUCCAGCUCCAAGGAGAGCCCACACCUCUGGCUUCCUUAGAGUGAAUACCCACAUACAUAAACAUACCCACACAGGCACAUAAAAAUAAUUUAAAAUUAAUUUUAUAUGCCAGGCAUGAUGGCACAUGCCUUUAAGUCCAGCGACCCAACAAGGCAGGUGAAUCUCUGUGACUUUUGCCUGGUCUACACAGGACAGCCAGGCUGCAUACUGAAACCCUAUCUCAAGAAAAAGGGCAAAAUGGUCCAGUGAGUAAGGGACUUGCUGUGAAGCCAAGACUCCCAUGGGAGAAGGAAAGACACAACAUAUAUGCAAUCCCCCAAAGAAAUAAAUAAAUAGAUGAAUGUACCUGGGCAGUGGUGGCGCACGCCUUUAAUCCCAGCACUCGGGAGGCAGAGACAGGCAGAUCUCUGUGAGUUUGAAGCCAGCCUGGUCUACAAGAGCGAGUUCCAGGACAGCUAGGGCUGUUACACAGAGAAACCCUGUCUUUAAAAAACAAAAAAAAAAUAAUAAAAAUAAAAAUAAAUUAAAAGUUAAAAAAAAAGGCUGGAGAGAUG